AUUCCCCAACCAAAUUAGACAUAAAACUUAAUGAACGGCUACAAAUUCGAACUUGAGACUCGCCAAAACGAAAGUAGCAGCAAAAAAGCAAGCAGGCUGGGUGCAAGUACAAUCUGAGAAGAAAGGAAUGCCACGUCAGCAUAUGCCUAACUGGCAUUGUGUCCCCCAUUAGAAGAAGAACGAAAUGCACGCGCGUGACUCAUUACACCUUUAUAAACCCCCUCUUUUCCCCUGUUCCCUUCCCCCUUCAUUCUUCACCGUGCCACUCUCCUUUCAUUAUUACUCCCUUCACGUUUUCUUCUGCCAUUUCCAACAACCACACAAACCCAAACCACCUUCUUAAUCCUCAUUAUUUUCACCAUCUUCCCAAAUACGCCUAAACAAACAAUACCUUUUCUUUUUCUCACUUCUUCAUUUCACAUUCCCAAUUUACCAAAACAUGUAUAAGUUGGAGAAAACGCGUAGAGAACAAAGGUUUCACAACUACACUGAAAACCCCUCCUUCUCUUCCACUCUUCUCGACAAAAUUUACCGUUCCAUCGACGAAGGAGAAACAAAAGGUUCCGAUAUCAACCUCUACACAGAAACAACAAUUCAGAAACAGACCAAAACAAAUUCAAAAUGCAACAGACCCAUUGAAGAAAAACCAAAUCUUCUUCGAACUUGGAAAGGAAGCCAAAACAUUGCAACACAAGUCGAAACAAAAAUGUUUCAUCAUAAUCAUCAGAUUCACGAACAUGAUGUUCUGUUCUUUAGUUCCACUUCAAGUUCUUCAGAUUCAAGUUCUGGUUUAUUAUCAUCAUCUUCUGACACAGAAUCAUUGUACAAAAUGAAAUCACGAGUUUCGUGUUUCGCUCCUUCGAGGCCUAAGAAUGUGAAAACUAGUUUACCUAGAGAGAAAUUUAUUGCAAACGAUGAAGAUGGUUUAAUCAAAUCGAAAUCAAGAGCGUUGAAGAUUUACAACAAUCUCAAAAAGGUGAAACAACCUAUUUCUCCAGGUGGAAAACUCACAAAUUUUAUCAACAAUCUUUUCACUACGAGUAACAACAACACGAAGAAGACAAAAACCGUAAAUACAGAGAGAAAUCAAGCUUCAACUUGUUCUUCAGCAUCUUCAUUCUCACGUUCUUGUUUAAGCAAAACUUCAACUACAUCAAAAGACAAAUUGCGCAACAGUGUUAAAAGAACGGUGCGUUUUUACCCAGUAAGUGUGAUUAUCGAUGAAGAUAAUCGAAAUUAUGGUCAGAAAGAGGUCGUUACUAAGAAGAAAGAGGAAGAACAAGUUGGUAGAGAGUUGUUAAGAGAGUAUAAGAUUUUGAGGGAUUUUCUUCCAAUGAGGAAAAAUGAAGGCGAUGAUGAUGAAGAUGACGUGGCAAGUUGUUCAAGUUCAGAUCUUUUUGAGCUUGAUCACUUAAUGGUGAUGGGGAAUGAUAAUAGGUAUUGUGAGGAUUUGCCUGUGUUUGAAACUACUCGUGUUAGUACUAAUCGUGCCAUUGCUAAUGGCCGCAUAAUGUAGUUCUUGUAGUUCUAAUUCUAAUUAGUAGAAUCAUCUGAUCAUUAACAAUACAGAUUAUUGUAUAUUUAUUUUCUUAA